AUGGUGGUGGACACUCGCAGCUCCAGCCGCAUGACGGAGGCCGCGCUCAGUGUGUCGCUCUCGCCGCUGCUGCCGAGCUCCGUGGAGGACGAGACGCCGCCGGGCGUGGGGCGCCUCGACGCCGAGGGCGGCAAGCGCGUGCGCUUCCAGGCGGCCUUCCAGCCCACGCACACGGUCUUCACGCCGCGGCUGAGCGAGACGAGCUCGCUGCGCUACCGCAAGCCGGACGACCGCGUCGUGGGCAGCACGAGCCUGGCGCCGCCCAGCUCCGUCUCGUCCAUCGCGCAGCCCAACUACGACGACUUCCUGCGACGUGUGAGCGUCGUGCUCUACCAGCACAUCCGGCGCUGCGAGAAGCGCCACUGGGAGCAGCAGCAGCCGCGCAACAAUGGCGCCACCAACAAUACCGGUAUCUCCAACGCCAUUGCAGCCGCUGUCUCGGCGCUCACGACCACGGACGAGCGACCGAACCACGAGUCCAGAUCCCCCACCCAUACACAAGACCAUGACGAAGAGGAGGAGGAGCCGGACGCCUUUGACGUGGAGGCGGCGGACACCGAGAGCAGAGAGGACGCCGCCAACCCCAGCAGCAUCUCGUCCCCGAGACUCGUGGACCUGCCCGUGGAGGAGACCUUCCGGGAGGAGCACUUCGUCACGCCGCAGUACAAGUACACGUUCGUGCGGCUGCCCAGAGUGCACCCGCUGACGGUCUACAGGAUGGAGAAGAUCACGUCCAAGCGACACGUGCCCAGCGUGGACGAGAUCUUCCGCUUCUGCAAGAACCUGUUCAACAAGGCGCAGCUCAGCGCCGAGUGCACGAUCGUGUGCCUCAUCUACAUUGAGAGGCUCAUGGAGCAGGCCAACGUGCCGUUGCUGGCGGCCACCUGGAGGCCCAUUGUGGUCUGCGGCCUGCUGCUGGCCUCCAAGGUGUGGCAGGACCUGAGCUCGUGGAACGUCGAGAUCAGCAAUAUUUAUCCGCAGUUCUCGCUGCACUCGAUCAACCGCCUCGAGCGGCUCUUCCUGCACCACAUCCAGUGGGACCUCUACAUCUCCGCGACGGUCUACGCCAAGUACUACUUCGCGCUGCGCUCGCUGACCGAGAAGAAGGACUUCCGACGCCGGUAUAACUACACCAUGCGCGUGGACCCGCCCAACUCGAAGCGUCUGGAGGAGCGGAGCGCAGCAGUCAAGCACGAACUGUACUCCAAGAGUCUAUGA